GUAUUCGUUUAAUUGUCUGAUAUGUAUUUUUUGUAUUUUUUUAUUUCUUGUUUUUUCUUCUUCUUUUUUCUAUCUCUUUCAUUUCCUAGGGCGAGUGACUUUCUGUUUAAUUCCAAUAAAGGGAUGUUUCACUCUCUUUCACUCCUGCUAUAUCGCCGUACAGGAUUUUGUUACUAGGAACAUGCAAUCAAUUUUGAGAUAGCUAAAGCGAGGCAUGUGUCACUAGGCACUUCAGAAGGAAUUAGCCGAUGGCGAGAUAUCGGCGAACUCGAUAACUAUGUCAACUUUGCUCUUCAUGGUUAAUGGAUGUGCAUGAAUAUGCGGCCAUCGCGCAGGCGUGAGUAUGGGAAGGUCAACGGCUCUGUCACUCUGACACCGGCACUGUCAUACGGCACAUGCACAGGAAAUUCUCCGAAAGCAGCUUAUAUUUCCUGCUUUUUAUUGUGCAAAAAUCUUCGUCGCAUCAUUUGUGCAUGCUGUUGCAAUGUGACUUGCAGUGUAGUCACUGCCUGACCAUUUCACUAUAUGACACUUCAAAGCUGUUUACAGUCGCGUCAUUCUCUCUUCGCUCGUCAUUUCGCUGGCCUGCCAUUUCCACCCAAAUUACGGCCCAAUUUCGCCCAACCGAACGGCAUAUCUGAGAGGAAACAGCUGCGGCAUGGAAGGGGAGUGUUCUCACGGCGCGUGGCCUACGUCGGGGGAGGAAGAUUCCGAGAUGCGAUGCGACGGAGGGAGCCGGGAUGCUGCGUCACCCGCUGGCGCCCCGGCCCGCCACGAGGAGGAGGCGCUGAUUCUCACAGAGGCCUCUAAGGUAGUGUUUAGCGUCGCCGCUUGCCUGGGCCUGUACGUGAUCGAGAGAGAAGGUGAGAACUGCUACAGAAUCUCCAAGCUGAAAAUGAUACCGGCUUUCAUAAGUUUCGUGGCGGCGCUGAGUUCGUUGCUGCACGCCAUCUUGCUGACGUUUUUCACAGAGAUGACCUACGACCAACAGGUUUUAUUCCUUCCUCUUUUUAGCGGCAGUUGCUUCUGCUUCUACAUCUACAUCUUGUGGAUGAGGAAAUCCCAGAGGAUCAUGGACUACAUGACACAGCUGGAAGUCAAUUCCAUCAAGAGCCCAAAGCGAAAGCACAUGCCCUUCAUCAUCGCCGGUGUUUUCAUCUACUCCGCCAGCUACGCCGCCGUCGCCGCCGCCGCCCUGCCGACCCCCAGCUUCAUCCGCAAGAAGAGCCUCAAGUACCUCCUCUUCAUCCCGGUGUUCUUCACGGCCUUCAUCCCAAGCUUUGCGGACAUCUGGGUCUUUUCCUUCUUGCACCCGCUGGUGGUCGCCCUCCAGGGCCUGGGCAGACGGGCGAGGGACGUCAAGGUCUGGACGAAAGAGGUGUCCGGCUCCGUCAUGAAGGAGUGGCUUCUGCUACGCCGCCUUCUACAGAUCUACAAUGAGGUGUUUUCAUACAUGAUCCACGUGCGACUCCUGGUGUUCAUCGUGCAGACCCUGACCACCUCGUUCGCCCUGGUCGCUCUCCGCUGGCAGUCCAAGUGCCUCGUGUACCUCUUUCCCCUCCUCGUGUCGGUGCUGGAGGUGGUGGUACGCUUCCUCUGCAUAUCUGUGAUGGGGGAUACCUUCCUGCAGGAGCGAGAUAACGUCGUAGCAGCGGUGCGCGAACGUCUUUGUCGGACGCCAAGUCAUAGCGCAAAGGAGGACGAGGGGGUAACUUUGAAGAUCCUGCACAAUACUGCAGUUAAGAUAACAACGGAGGGAGACGAGAAGAGUGAGGCUGAGGAGGAGCUCAAGACCGCAUCCUCGGUAGAUAUGCAGUGUCUUCACCACCUCCUUUCCCACAUGGAGUCUCGACCUCUUGUUGUUAAGAUCUGGGGAAGAGGCGUCUUGUGCACCAGAACGUACAUGAGGUGCCUGAGUAUCGUGGCGACGUACCUGGUGAUCCUCCUGCAGCUUCGCCCACAGCACCAGACGGGCGCAGAAGACGAGAAGGACCUGGGCAUUCUCCAGUGCUUCAAUUCGAUCAAACCCUUCGGUCGCAGGAUCCAGUGCAGAUUUACCGAUUCUCCUUCGCACAUAUAGAACACAUUUUCCAUAAUUUUUCAUGUUUAGUCUUUGUUUUCUUUCCUUUGUGAAACUGAGCACAUUAAGGAUAAUGUGUUUCUCUUUUCUGUUCUUUCUUUUAAGUCAUGAAUAUGGUACAAGGAGAUUCCAGCUGGAGACAGUUGUUGUUAGAUGAUGUUGCUUAAAAUACAGAUAAUAAUGUA